GUUGCGGCCCGGUACAUGGAUGUCAGGGGGAAGAAAGGACCUGUUGGGAUGCCCAAGGAGGCGACCUGCGACCGUUUUAUGUGCAUCCAGCAGGGCUCGGAGUGUGACAUCUGGGAUGGGCAGCCUGUUUGCAAAUGCAAAGACCGGUGUGAAAAGGAGCCGAGUUUUACCUGUGCCUCCGACGGGCUCACCUAUUACAACAAGUGCUACAUGGAUGCGGAGGCAUGCGCCAAGGGCAUAACGCUCAACGUGGUGACGUGCCGCUAUCACCUGACGUGGCCCAACACCAGCCCCAUCCCGCCGGAGACUACCGUGCACCCCACAACCACUUUUUCAGAGACUACGAUCACGGACAUCCUUGCCCCCGCACUGGUCAACAACCCGGCCCAUCAGUCUGUCUACGUAGGAGAGACGGUCAGCUUUCUCUGUGAUGUCACUGGGCGGCCAAAGCCCGACAUCACUUGGGAGAAGGAGACGGAGGGGAAUGAGAAAAUCAUCAUGAGGCCCAACCAUGUCCGUGGGAACAUUGUCGUCACCAACAUAGCCCAGCUGGUGAUCUAUAACACGCAGCUGCAGGACGCCGGCAUCUACACCUGCACUGCCAAAAACCUUGGCGGCGUCCUCAGGGCGGAUUUCCCUCUGUCGGUCCUCAAAGGAGACACCUCUUCCAUGGGAGCAGCAGAAAAUAAAACCCACUUCCCGACAGAUGAGUGUCUGAAGCAGCCUGACAGUGAGGACUGCGGUGAGGAACAGACCCGGUGGUAUUACGACGCAAAGAAGAACAACUGCUUUACGUUCAUCUACGGAAACUGCAACAGCAACCUCAACCACUUCGAGACGUAUGAGAACUGCAUGCUGACCUGCAUGAACGGGCCCAUCAACGUUUGCAACCUGCCCGCGCUCCAGGGUCACUGCAAAGCCUAUGAGCCCCGGUGGGCGUACAACAGCCUGACCAAGCAGUGCCAGUCCUUCAUCUACGGAGGCUGCGGGGGCAACGAGAAUAACUUUGAGAGCAGAGAGGCCUGUGAAGAGAUGUGCCCGUUCCCCAGGAACAUGCACUGCAAGGCGUGCAAGGCGUGCAAGCCACGCCAAAAGCUGGUGACCAGCUUCUGCAAAAGCGACUUUGUCAUCCUUGGCCGUGUGACUGAACUGACUGAGGACCAAGACUCGGGACAUGCCCUGGUGACGGUGGAAGAGAUCCUCAAGGACGAGAAAAUGGGGCUCCGGUUCCUGGGGAGAGAGCCUCUGGAAAUUACCCUGCUGAACAUGAACUGGAGCUGCCCAUGCCCCAACGUAACCGCCGCGGACGGCCAGCUCAUCAUCAUGGGGGACGUCCACAACGGGAUGGCUGUUCUGCAGCCAGACAGCUUUGUCGGGGCCUCCAGUGUCCGGCGCGUCCGGAAGCUUCGCGAGGUCAUCCACAAGAAAACCUGCGAGCUCCUAAAGGAGUUCCUAGGACUGCACUAAUACCUGCUUGUACCAUGCCAGCUUUCCCGCGUUGUGUAUUAUAUAGCGCUAACAAAAGGUAGACUAGCUUGAAAACUUCCUUGAAAUCUCUUUGGCUGAUAGGUGGUAUGUAUUACGCAGAAGCUGUAUAUUAAUUGAUUAAUGAGGCGUAGUAAUGUGGCAGAAGCCUUCUUGGCAAGCACUUAAACUUGUGG